GCGUCGGAGUUCCUGCGGUGGAUGAUCUUCUUCAUCUCUUCAGCAGAAGGCCAUCUUGUCCAGAAGGUACCAGAGCGGCUUUGCUGCUGCCACACACUUCUCGGUUGGAUAGCGUCGAAGGUGUGCCUCUUCCUUCACCGGGCUCCCAAGGGUCUGCGACCCAUCAGGAGCGCUUCGCCUGGAACGACAAACUCCUUUUCUGGCAAGGUGCUGAUCCAAUCUUCCAUGCAUGGAUAGCCAUCAUCAGGCCCGAGUGGAUUCAUCUGGGGACACCAUGA